GGAAUUACACCUCGAAAACUGCAAAAAGACAGCGCAAAGAUGCCACAACCGCCAUCCCGCGCAAUCGCCUCCAAAGACCUGCCGCCGUCAGUCGAAACCGCCUACUACCGCAAAUGCAUCGACCUUCGCCGCCGGAUAACCGACAUCGAAGACAACAACGAUGGCACGCGCCUGCGCAUAACCCGACUGAACCGUGGAAUCCAGAAGAUGCGCCUCGAGCGCGCUUUUCUCCUCGAACAACUCAACAAGCACAUGGAGUACAACGUCGACGACAGCGAUCGGAGUAGCAGCCCCCCGCCUACCCCAACCGACAAGCCGCUGCGCAGCAAGCGGAGCCACAAUAGAAAGGGCACCCCACCCCUUGGCAGCAGCGGCGGUGCCGGUGGCGCGAGCAGUACCGCAGGCGGCGAGGGCGAGCGACUGGGUGCUGAAGGAAGGAUAGGAGCCAUAGGCCACAUAUCGCACAGCGUGAACCCUGUGAGCAGCGCGCAAAGCACCCCAGACCCAGGCCGGUCGCAGAGCAACUACUUUGGCACCGUCGGAGCCGGCAGUGCCACCACGGCUGCGAGUCCCCCAACCAGCGUCGUCAAUGGAGCACCCCCGCCAUCACUGCCUCCCCUACAUUCCCUCCCAUCCCUACAGCCCCAGCAAUCAGCCCAGUCGCAGUCUCAGCCCCAGCGCCAGUACUUCGAUCCUGCAUAUGCCGACCAGCGUCCCGCGCCUGCAGCUAAUGACGAGGAAGGAGGCAGGCGACGCGCCCUCUCGGGUGCUGCACAGCAGCCUCCUGCUACUGCUGCUACUGCUGCUACUGCGACCGAGUCUACUACUACUACUGCCGCUGCUGCUCCACCGCAGAAUGGCGAUACGGAGAUGGCGGAUGCCAGCUUCACGGCUGUGAACCGGUAGGAUAAUCCCUACACUUCAAGCACGGAGCGCGGUAAUAGCAAACACGACAGGUGGUAUCAAGGCAAGGCGUUUAACAUGGUUUUGUUUUGCAGGAGUAUUUUUGCUGGAAACGCUAUCAUCACCCUUUUUUAUUUUUUUUAUUUUUCCCUACCAUGGGUUUUGCCGGAGGGAGAGCCACCAUAUAUACUGGUUCUUAUUUGAGUUAUCUCGGUGUGUAUUAGUAGCGGGAAACAAAAGGACUUUUUUUUUCUUGUUUGUCCUUUGCAUGGUUGCCGAGCGCCCUGGCAUUCUUGUUUCUAAUCACAUAGAUUCAAAUUUGGUCAUUGUUACUGCUGCUAAUCUCGCAUGGAUUCUGAUUUACGAGCCUUGUAUUACCUGGCCAGGAUGCUGAAUGAACUAUCACACUUAGAGUGCCAUGACUGGUUAUCACUACAUCCUAUAGCAUCCCGUUUAUCU